GGAAGUGGUUUUAUGCCAACAAGUCUUACUCGUAACCGGCAAGUUUCAGUAGAUGUUGCAUUAAUUGAUAUAUUUUAAUAGAAAGUGUAAACCAAAAGAUCAAACAUGAAGACAUCCAGCAGUACUUGGGGUCUGCACUGGUUUCUCAAGAUGGCCCCUGAGCGACAGGACACACUGCUCAAAAUGAUGAUCCUUGCCAUCGCGGCCGUGUUAUCAUUCUCAACUCGUCUCUUCUCUGUUUUGCGAUUUGAAAGUGUUAUUCAUGAGUUUGAUCCCUAUUUCAACUAUCGAACAACUCUGUUUUUGGCAGAAGAAGGCUUCUAUCGAUUUCACAAUUGGUUUGAUGACCGAGCAUGGUACCCACUAGGUCGUAUUAUUGGUGGCACUAUCUAUCCAGGACUAAUGUUGACGUCGGCCAUCUUAUAUCACGUACUGAAUUUCUUGCACAUCACUAUUAACGUGAGGAAUGUCUGUGUGUUUCUGGCGCCAUUCUUCUCCAGUCUGACGACUCUCGUCACAUACCAUCUCACCAAGGAACUCAAGGAUGCCAGUGCAGGUUUAGUUGCUGCCUCUAUGCUGGCGAUUGUGCCGGGAUACAUCUCACGUUCUGUUGCUGGAUCGUAUGAUAAUGAGGGUAUUGCCAUUUUCUGCAUGUUGCUCACCUAUCUGCUGUGGAUCAAGUCUGUGAAAACCGGCUCCAUGUUUUGGUCUGUUGCCUGUGCUCUUGCCUACUUCUACAUGGUUUCGUCAUGGGGAGGCUACGUGUUUCUCAUCAACUUGAUUCCGCUCCACGUUCUGGCUCUGAUGUUCACAGGCCGAUUCUCUCACCGCAUCUACGUGGCGUACUCCACUGUCUACUGUCUGGGAACCAUCUUGUCCAUGCAGAUCCCGUUUGUUGGGUUUCAGCCAGUACAGUCUAGUGAACACAUGGCAGCUCUAGGUGUGUUUGGCCUGUGUCAGAUCCAUGCGUUUGUUGACUACCUGCGUUCCAAGCUGACUCGCGAUCAGUUCACCAUUCUAUUCCGCAGUCUCGUUCUCCUCGUCGGAAGUGUCGCGCUGACCGCUGCUGCCAUUGCCACCGCUUUCGGAAAAAUAUCUCCAUGGACUGGUCGAUUCUACUCGCUUCUUGACCCGUCGUACGCCAAGAACAACAUCCCAAUCAUUGCGUCAGUCUCGGAACAUCAGCCCACCACAUGGAGCUCAUUCUACUUUGAUUUGCAGUUUCUCGUCUUCAUGUUUCCAGUGGGUUUGUACUUCUGCUUCUCCAAACUGACUGAUGCCAACAUCUUUAUUAUUAUGUAUGGUGUGACCAGCAUCUAUUUCGCUGGAGUCAUGGUACGUCUCAUGUUGGUGCUUGCUCCGGUCAUGUGCAUCCUUUCAGGUAUCGGGGUCUCUGCCAUUCUCAGCACCUACAUGAAGAAUCUCGACGUCUCACGUAAAGACAAAAAGGCUAAAAAGGCUGAGGGAAACUAUCCUUUGAAAAAUGAGAUUGCCACUGGUGUGCUGUUCAUAAUGACGUCGUUCCUCAUCAUGUACACAUUCCACUGCACAUGGGUCACCAGCGAAGCCUACUCCAGUCCCUCCAUCGUUCUGUCUGCUCAUGGUGGCGAUGGAAGCAGAAUCAUCUUCGACGAUUUCCGAGAAGCAUACUAUUGGCUCCGUCAUAACACCCCUGAGGAUGCGAAGGUGAUGUCAUGGUGGGAUUACGGCUAUCAGAUUACAGCAAUGGCAAACCGGACAAUAUUAGUGGAUAACAAUACAUGGAAUAACACACACAUAUCCAGAGUGGGACAGGCGAUGUCGUCAACUGAAGAAAAGGCUUAUGAAAUCAUGAGAGAAUUAGACGUUAAUUACGUUUUAGUUAUAUUUGGUGGAUUAACUGGUUAUUCUUCAGAUGAUAUAAACAAAUUCAUGUGGAUGGUUCGUAUAGGUGGCAGCACCGACCGAGGUGCUCAUAUAAAGGAGGCGGACUACUACACGUCGCGGGGGGAGUUCCGGGUGGACAAGGACGGCUCACCCACAAUGCUCAACUGUCUCAUGUACAAGAUGUGCUACUACAGGUUCGGGUCAGUCUACACAGAAGGAGGCAAACCAACAGGAUACGACAGAGUGCGUAAUUCUGAGAUUGGAAACAAGGAUUUCGAACUGGAUGUCUUGGAGGAAGCAUACACAACUGAGCAUUGGCUUGUCCGCAUUUAUAAAGUUAAAGAUUUGGAAAACCGAGGCAGUUAAAAUAUUGAAUAAUUAGAUCAUUAUUUCUAUCAUAAUAUUUGAGAAAAUUGAGAGAAAAUGACUCACAUGAAUAUGCGAUGUUUUUUGAAGACAUUGAGAAUAACUGUUUUUAAUAUUUUAUUUUGUCCAGAGAUUUAUGAUGUUCUACUUUGUUAAAAGUUCUUACAAUACUUGGUAGAUAAGACAUCUGCUGCAAACUGUAUAGAUUGACUGUUGUAUGGAUAAAGACAAUCUCUUAAUACCAACAAAAAGCUGUUAUAAUUUUGUCACUGCUAGUUGAAUAGUUCUGCAAAUUGUUAGAACCUAAAUUUUUGUGUCUCAAUAGAUAGCAUUUUAUUUCAUUUGUCAUAUGUAUGGAAGUACAUGUUGGUGAUAUUUUAUGUCAGGUUUUAUGAGGCUGUUCAACAAUUACAUAAUGUUAAAGCUGUAAUUUUUUACACACCACCACACUUGCCAUAUAAUGCUAAUACCAUAACCCCUAUACAAUUACAUAACCUCUUGUGAAGACAGGGUUAUAGGUGACAAGGCUAUCAAUAUAUGUGGCCUUUACUCCUUUGUAAAACACUGAAGAAAUAAUGGUUAUCUUUAUUUAUUUUUCUUAUAAUGCAGAAAAAUAAACUAAGCAGUUUCUGUUUUGAAAUGUCAGCUUUAUCCUGUUCCGGUUAAAUGGCGAAUGCCACUUGGCAGAGCAAAAUGACAUUCGCUGUUCUAACCUUCACAGAAUAAAGCUGAUAUCUUACAACUAACCAGCUAUUCUAUAUAUAAAACAUCCCAUUAAGUAAUUGUUGACUGGCAUCUCGUCCAUUCAUCUACAUCCAUUUCAAGGGCAUUUGCUGUCUUCUAAUAACAUUUCAUGGCUACAAGAAGUUGGUUACAGUGUCUGUACUUAAGUAGUUCAACUAUUCUUGAUAAUAAACUGGGUUUGCUAACCCUGGACACCCAACUGGCUUCUUAGUUAACUAUUUUACAGUACAUACAGGGCCAUACCAAACCUAUAACAACCGGGGGAGGGAGAGGAUUCAUAAACAUUGGAUCGACCCAGCUAGACGACAAGGACACCUUAAACUCUAAGGGCACUUUUUCGUAUAUUUCUGGGGUGGAAACCCCCCUCUAGGUAAAUCCUACACAUACAGUUGAAAUAUUUACUCUGUUUUGUUUUUUAAAAGUUUUAAUAUGCAAAUCAAUUUUUGUUUCUAACUUUUAACAUUCUUACACACUGGUAUUAGCAUUUAGUGGUAUAUGGUAGAUGUUAAAGAUUUAUAGUAUACUGUAAAUCCUGAAAUUAAUGCGAUCAUAAUUUAAUGUGGAAAAUGCAAGCCAAUGUUAAUGACAUUAAUAAAUCUAUACACAUUUAUUUCCAAUUUUCCUCUGUAUCAGGUUAGUCAAAUACUAAUAUACUUUAUAAAACACAAUUCUGGAUAUAUUACAUGUGACGGUUGCAGUAACUUUCACAACUCUGUCACUAGUUGACACAAUUUACCUCACAUGCAACUGAAUGUGUGACGGUUGCAGUGACUUUCACAACUCUGUCACAAGUUGACACAAUUUAUGUCACAUGCAACUGAAUGUGUGACGGUUGCAGUGACUUUCACAACUCUGUCACAAGUUGACACAAUUUAUGUCACAUGUAAUUGAACGUGUGACGGUUACUGCAACUCUGUCACAAGUUGACACAAUUUAUGUCACAUGUAAUUGAACGUGUGAUGGUUGCAGUGACUUUCACAACUCUGUCACAAGCUGACACAAUUUAUGUCACAUGUAAUUGAACAUGUGACGGUUGCAGUGACGUUCACAACUCUGUCACAAGCUGACACAAUUUAUGUCACAUGUAAAUGAACAUGUGACGGUUGCAGUGACGUUCACAACUCUUGUCACAAGCUGAUACAAUUUAUGUCACAUGUAAUUGAACGUGUGACGGUUGCAGUGACGUUCACAACUCUUGUCACAAGCUGAUACAAUCUACUUCACAUAUGUGAAUGGUUUUAAAUUCAGCACACUAAUCCAAGACUGACCAUUGCUUUGUUUUUAUUGUUUAAAUUGGCACCAAGUACCAUGUGAGUAAUCAUCAGUUUCCCUUGAUUAUGUGAUGUGACUUUAAUACUGUUGCAAAAUUAAACAUGUAUCAUAGAAAA